UUGGGGGACGGUCCGAAUGGAGACCUUUUCACCUGUCACAUCUGCCAGAAGGCCUUCACUUACCAGCGCAUGCUGAAUCGACACAUGAAAUGUCACAAUGAUGUCAAAAGGCACCUCUGCACAUACUGUGGGAAGGGCUUCAAUGACACCUUUGACCUCAAGCGACAUGUCAGAACCCACACUGGUGUGCGGCCCUACAAGUGCAGCCUGUGUGACAAGGCCUUCACCCAGCGCUGUUCUCUGGAGUCUCAUCUCAAGAAGAUCCAUGGCGUGCAGCAGAAGUAUGCAUACAAGGAGCGCCGGGCCAAGCUCUAUGUGUGUGAAGAGUGUGGCUGCACAUCUGAGAGUCAGGAGGGUCAUGUCCUGCACCUCAAGGAGAACCACCCUGACAGCCCGCUGCUCCGCAAGACCUCCAAGAAAGUGGCCGUGGCCCUGCAGAACACUGUCACUUCCCUGCUGCAGAGCAGCCCCCACCUCUGA